UCAAGCCGUCGUCAUCGUCGUCGUCGGGAUGGGACCCUUCUUGGCUGGCAUCCUGGCGACAAUCGCUUACGUGCCCUGCGCGGUGUUUUGCCAAAAACCGCGAGAAGUCUUCGUAUGCGAUUACAACGACGAACAGUUGAAAGCAGUCAUUAACUGCCACUGCACCAUCUUUCCACAAGAGGACUUGGACCUUAUGAUCGCUGCACGGCACAGGAUGGCAGGCAACAUUACCACUUUCCGCCUGGUCAAGCGUUACUGCAAACGUCUUCCUGCCUUGAUGCACAAUUUCAGAACCGUAAUAAAGGGCCUCGCAAGGAAUGAAACAACCGAAUUAGUAGGAUAUAUGAUGGCCAUAUGCCAAGAUGCCACGCUCUACCACCUUCCGCUUAAGAAAAACAACCCAAAAUAAACUGAAUGCCCA